UCCAUAUUUAUGUAUAAACACCAAAACAAACCCUACCCUGUCCUCUUCAUUAUCAUCAUCGAUGAUGAAUAUUUUUCCACUCUUUUUCACCGUCAUUUUCUUUCUAUUCAUCCUUCGAUUUCUCUCAAAAACAUCCCUUUUCCACAUCCUUUUAAACUGUUUCCGAUCUCUGGAAGAUUGUUUUCACGUGUAUCAAUCCUUCAAAGUUCCACAACUCAAUCAAAACUUCCAAGAAAACCUCCUUUAUCGUAAAGUCUUCACUUAUCUCAACUCUCUCACUUCUCUUGAAGACUCCGAAUUCACCAACCUCUUCACCGGCUCCAAGUCUAACGACAUCACGCUCAACCUCGACGUCAACCAGACCGUCCACGACACUUUCCUCGGCGCCAGACUCACAUGGAAUCACCAGAACGGAUUAUCAAAAACCACUUUGGUUUUGAGACUCAGAAAGAAAGAUAAAAGAAGAAUUCUACGUCCGUAUCUUCAACAUAUCCUCUCUGUAGCCGACGAGAUUGAAGAAAAUAUGAAAGAAAUUAGAUUGUACAUGAAUUUGGAGAGUCAAAGUCAACAUAAUGGACGGUGGAGAUCGAUCCCCUUCACGCAUCCGGCCACCAUGGAGACAGUCGUUCUUGACACCGAAGUAAAAAACAAAGUCAAAGCUGAUCUCGAAACGUUUCUUAAAUCGAAACAGUAUUAUCACAGACUUGGUCGUGUUUGGAAACGGGGUUAUCUUUUAUAUGGAGCUUCCGGUACUGGGAAAUCAAGUUUUGUUGCUGCUAUGGCUAGGUUCCUGUGUUAUGACGUGUAUGAUAUUGAUCUGUCACGGGUUUCUGACGACUCUGAUUUGAAAAUGCUUUUGUUGCAAACGACUUCUAGGUCGUUGAUUUUGAUCGAGGGUCUUGAUAAGUUCUUGAGUGAGAAAUCAAGGGCUGUGAGCUUGUCGGGGAUCUUCAACUUCAUGGAUGGGAUCAUAUCUUGUUGUGGGGAGGAGCGUUUGAUGGUGUUCACGAUGAAUGAUAAGGAUCAGAUUGAUGAUCAAGCGCUGAUGAGGGCAGGGAGGAUUGAUGUUCAAAUACACUUCCCAUUAUGUGAUUUUUCCACCUUCAAGAUUUUGGCCAGCAAUUAUUUGGGCGUGAAGGAUCACAAGCUUUUUGUUCAAGUUGAAGAGGGUUUUCAAAAUGGGCCGAGUUUGAGCCCGGCCCAAAUCGGUGAACUCAUGAUCUCGAAUCGGACUUCGCCCACCCGAGCCUUGAAAUCAGUAAUCAAUGCCUUGCAAAGAUUGAAUGAAACUGGGCCGGGUCAACCCGUGGAUGAGAGAGUAUUGUCUGGGGAAGGUAGCCAAACAGUAAAAGAAUUUAAGAAAUUGUAUGGGCUUUUAAGGAUUGGAAGUAGAAGGAAACAGGGCCCAUUGGAUUUAAGUGUGGCCCAGAAGGAAGGUUCAAGACAUGAAGCUUGAAAGAAAUAUUUAGGCUUCGGGUCAUUUUAUAAUGUCGAAAAAAUAUGACACAGCGAAAGUAGAUAGGGAUCAUUCAAAUAUUUUUUCAAUGUAUGUAGGAUGAUUAAAAAUUUUCUUAUUAUUAUGGACCUUCUGUUUAAUUCAAAGUUUGAAUAGGUUAUUGUUACA